GCCUAUGUGCAGACAAGCAGUCUGUUUAUUGCUGACCGUUUGUAUUUUUCCUGUUUGCUAUGCGGGAGAAAUUUUCACCGGAAAAGCCGAUGCAAGAGCAUCUCGGAACCUCCACGGCGUUUAUUAUACAGCUGCUAUAAAAGUACAAUGGGGAAUUCAACUGAAAUACUGUUUUUUCUACAAGGACUGAGUGACACAGUGUCAAGCAAGCGCACAUACUUUAUCCUCAUUCUUCUUGUUUACCUUUUUACUCUUUUAGCGAACCUGACUUUGAUUGUGACAAUUAUCUUGGAGAAAACUCUCCAUGAGCCUAUGCUUGUAUUCCUGUGUAAUUUGUGUGUAAAUGGUAUACUUGGUGCCUCAAUAUUGUAUCCUAAAAUAUUAGUGGACCUUUUAUCUGACUUAAGUGUUACUUCGUAUGAAGCUUGUUUGGGUCAAAUUGUUGUAUUAUACAGCUACACAAACUGCGAAUAUACCACGUUAGCAAUGAUGGCUUAUGACAGGUAUAUCGCGAUAUGUAAGCCACUCAAUUACCACUCUAUCAUCACGCCUCAGAAGGUGAUGAAAUUACUGUUAUUUACCUGGCUUUCAUCCAUCUGUGAAUCAGUUGUUGUGGUGGGCCUGAUAGCCAGACUGCCCCUCUGUGGAUUCAAGAUCGAAAAGAUUUACUGCACAGCCUGGGCCGUCGUAAAGCUGUCGUGUGUGGACACCUCUAUCAACAACAUAGUCGGGUACACUUUCAUAUUUUUUAACAUUUCACUAGCAGUGCUGGUCGUGAUUUCCUAUGUUUAUAUCGUCAGAGCAUGUGUCCGAUCGCCGAAAGAACGGAGUAAAUUCAUGCAGACCUGUUUGCCCCAUUUAAUCGCACUGACUAAUUUCUUCAUCGCACUGGGUUUUGAUCUCAUGUACACGCGCUAUGGUCCCACCGACCGUCUGCAGGCUCUCCGCAAUUUCAUGUCCCUGGACUACCUCAUUGUUCCACCGCUCCUAAAUCCCCUAAUCUAUGGCCUGAGACUGAACCAGAUCCGCCGGAAAAUCUUUAGAAUGUGCAGCCAGAAAACACGUGCUCUAAAGUGAAUGUUUGUACUUUGUUCAGGUAGGAAAAUCAAUAUCCCCCCUCCAAAUGUUUUCAUAAAGAUGACAACAAUAGCCUACAAUCUCUGAACAGCAGGAUUAAAUGGUUCUAAGAUGUAGCACAGAUUUAGAUGUUCCCGGAA